CGUCAGCGGCGAAAGCACACGCUGGCGGCGGACUGCUGGGUGGGCUUCACCUCCUUCCCUGAGGCUGUGGGGCGCGCGCCUGCCGCGGAGACCCGAGUCCCCGCCCCCGGCCGUGAUUGGUCAGCGCCGCCCGAGCGCGGUGACGUUGUGCCGGGGCGGAAAGUUUGGGAGAAGAGCGCGGGAGCUGAGAAGGCGAGAGUCGGCUACAUCCGGGAAAGGCCUUGAGAUUGUUGUUCUGCUGCCAGGUGUUCCUUGGGAAUCCGGGGCAGCUCCCCAACGAGUUUCCAGUACCUCCUGCUACCUCUGAGUGCCUCUCUGCCUCCUCGGUGCCCAGGUUCCUGGUUUCAGAGAUGACAGAGGAACUGGACGUCACCGGACAGGACUCUGAUGGGGGUAGUGAAGAGGUGGUCCUAACUCCUGCAGAGCUCAUUGAAAGGCUGGAGCAGGCCUGGAUGAAUGAAAAGUUUGCCCCUGAGCUGUUGGAAAGCAAGUCUGAAAUUGUAGAAUGUGUCAUGGAGCAGCUAGACCACAUGGAAGAAAAUCUCAGGAGAGCCAAGAAGGGGGAUCUGAAGGUCAGUAUCCAUCGAAUGGAGUUGGAGAGGAUCCGCUAUGUCCUUAGCAGCUACUUGCGAUGUCGGCUCAUGAAGAUAGAGAAGUUUUUCCCUCAUAUCCUUGAAAAGGAGAAAACAGCCCAGGAAGGGGAGCUGUCUAGCCUUUCUCCAGAGGAGCUGGUCUUUGCCAAACAGUACAUGGCUAACACAGAGACCUACCUCAAGAAUGUUGCCUUAAAGCAUAUGCCUCCUAACUUACAGACGGUGGACCUCUUGAGGUCAGUUCCCAAACCAGAUCUAGAUUCAUACGUGUUUCUGAGAGUAAAAGAACGCCAGGAAAACAUACUGGUAGAACCAGAGACAGACGAACAGAGGGACUACGUGAUUGACAUGGAGGAAGGCUCACAACACUUGAUCCGUUACAAAACCAUCGCACCUCUGGUGGCUUCUGGAGCAGUUCAGUUGAUUUAAAAUCAAAAGUAAACAAGAAUGAUGGGCCAGAGCCUUAAGGAAAAUAUUUAGAAACCUCUCACCUGUGACCAAGGACAUCAGGGCUCCUCCCGUGCAUCACCGGGGCCUCGAGAAGGAGCCUGAGGCAGGGUUCCUAACUGGCCACACGUGCUGACUGCUGCUCUCGCCACAGUCAGCAGGUGGAGCCAUCGCACUGCUGAUGCCUCGUGUCGGGCCGCACUUGGAGGUUCUCCCUUUGUGCGCCUUUUCCAACAGAAGAUAAAAUCUCUUCUAGGGCAUCUCACUAGACCAUGUGAACUAACCUUCUGAAACUUCUACCAUUGGACUUAGAACCAAUUUCUUCCCUGGCUAAUUGAAAAUCACAAUGAAACCAGUAAACCAUUCUUUAAGUUUCCGUUUUGUGGCAGAAAGAGCCUCUGAACAGGUCUCGGCUUGCAGCCUAAUGAAGUAGGUCUCCCUGCGGCUAAGCUGCAGCCCUUCCCCGAAUCUCCGGCAGCUUUGCCAAGCCACCCUCCAGGCCAUAUGGCCAUUCUUGGCCUGGAGUCUGUAAACAGCAACAUUAACUCUCCUAUCUUGUGACCUCAGCAGCAUUUCUGAUUUUAGCUUUCUCAAGGGAAGUGGAUGAAAUUAAACUAAUGUGAGGGGGGAGGAUGUAGAGACUGAAUGAACCGUCUUUCCUUGGAACAUGAGAAAAAGGAAACUGCAUUCCAGUCUUGCUGACUGGAAGGCAACAGAUUUUCAUUUAUAUGACACAGGCUGUGAGAGCAAUGUAAUAUGGUUAUCAUUUCCAAGAAAAAUCACGAAGCAGAAGCAAGGAAGGUUUUAUUCAUUAAUAAAAACAUGUUCUAUUUCA